CUCUCAACAAUCAAAACUCUUGAAGCAAAAGCUUCAUCUGAAUCCAGAUUUUCUUUCAAGCCUCUCAGAUACAGACUUAAAUGGGUAAGAAUAAGUCAGAGAAGGGGAAGCCAAGUGGAAACGAUUCGAAAAAGGAGAAAUUGUCAGUCUCAGCCAUGCUUGCAGGGAUGGGUCAGAAGAAGAGUACAUCAUCCAGAUCCAAAGAUGCUCCAAAAGAUUCAUCAUACAUUGAUGACUCGUAUCUUCCUCCUGUUGAAGGAGACGAAGACGAAGGCGUUUCUGAUGAGAAACAGGAACAGACGGAUGCAAGGAGGAAGCAAAAGAACAAAGAGCAACUCGAUACCUCUGUGACUGAUAGAGAACAAAAGAAGCGAGAGAAAAGAGAAAGAUUAGCUUUCGAAGCUGCACAUAUUGCAAAGACGAAUGCCUUGAAGAAAGAUCGUGAUGCAUUCACGGUUGUUAUUGGAACCAAGACUUCGGUGCUUGAAGGAGAAGACACCGCGGAUGCUAAUGUUAAAGAUAUAUCCAUCGAUUCUUUUUCUGUCUCUGUUAAGGGGAAAGAACUUCUCAAGAAUGUAUCUGUCAAGCUAUCACAUGGUAAGCGAUAUGGGUUGGUCGGGCAGAAUGGAACCGGGAAGUCUACACUGUUAAAGCUUCUAGCAUGGAGGAUGAUUCCAGUUCCGAAGAACAUUGAUAUUCUUCUUGUUGAGCAAGAGGCGGAGGCCAAUGAAAAGACUGCUGUGGAAGCAGUUGUUUCUGCCAAUGAAGAGUUGGCUAAGGUACGGAAAGAAAAGGAAUCUCUGGAAGAAGCUGAUGGAGAAAACGGUGAUGAUGGUAUUGGAGAAAGGCUUGCUGAAGUGUAUGAGAGGCUAGAGAGGUUGGGGUCACAUACUGCUGAAGCACGGGCAUACCAAAUUCUUGCGGGGUUAGGUUUCACACAAGAUAUGUUAGAUAGUCCAACUGAAGAACGCAGUGGUGGGUGGUUGAUGCGAAUAUCAUUAGCUAAAGCUCUCUUUAUGGAACCUAGCCUUUUGUUGUUAGAUGAACCCACCAACCAUCUCGACCAGAGUGCUGUUCAAUUUUUAGAAGAGUAUUUGUGUAGCUUGAAGAAGACGACGUUGGUUGUUGUUUCACAUAACCCGGAUUUCCUCAACAUAGUUUGCACAGAUAUAAUACAUCUGCAUGAGCAGAACCUCAACUUGUGUCGUGGUAAUUACGAUGAUUUUAAACGUAGAUAUGAGCAGCAAUGCAAAGAGAGGAAUAAAAAGGUUGAGAAACAGGAAAAAGCAGCUAAGAGAGCUCAGCAGAAGAAGGUAAUAAAGGGCAGAGCCAAAGCAACAGAAGAUGUACAAAAGUUGAGAGAAUAUGAAGUGGUCUUUGAUUUUCCAGAACCAACCGAGCUCAGUACUGAUUCUCUUUUGGAACUAAUUGAUGUUUGCUUUUGUUACCCCAACAGGACAGAUUUCAGGCUAUUAAAUGUUGAUGUAUGUAUCGAUAUGGAGACACGGGUUGCGAUAGUUGGGCCAAAUGGAGCAGGAAAGUCCACUCUUAUGAAUCUUCUUGCAGGAGAACUAGAUCCAACGGAGGGUGAAGUGAUAAGAAGCCAGAAGCUGAGGAUUGGGAGGUAUUCUCAGCACUUUGUUGACGGCUUAACAAUGGAGGAAACACCCGUUGAGUAUCUUCUUCGCCUUUAUUCUGACCAAGAGGAAUUCAGCAAGCCAAGUGUGGUGCGUGCAAAACUGGCCAAGUUUGGGCUAAAAGGUCGCAACUACGUAACUCCAAUUUCGAAACUGUCUGGGGGCCAAAAGGCUAGGGUUGUGUUCACCUCGAUCUCAAUGUCGAAGCCACACAUUUUACUUCUUGACGAGCCAACAAAUCACUUAGACAUUGAGAGUAUAGAUGCGUUGGCGAGAGCAUUAGAUGAGUUCACAGGAGGAGUUGUGUUGGUGAGUCACGACUCGGGUUUCGUAUCGCGUGUCUGUAAGGAUGAAGUUAAUAGGGAAAUUUGGGUUGUAGAAGACGGAACAGUGAAAGCAUGCACAUUGGAAGAGUACGAAGAAGACAAAGAAGAACUUGAUUAGUGAAGUUUUGUUGUUGGCUUUUAAGGUAAAACUCAGUUUCCAUUGUUACAUGACACCAUUCUGUUUUGUGAGAAGAAAAAAAAGAGACAUAUGUUUCAUUCUUUGUCAUCUAAGC